CUCUCCUCUCUCCCUUCAUCUCCCCCCCCUCCUCUCUCCUCCCCCAGUCCCAAGUUGUCAUCAUUCAAUGCUCCAACUCCGACAAGGAAAUUGGCCCUGGACCCAAAGUUACAAUUUUAUUCCCCAAAAAAUUGCCACGUUCCAAGCAACGUUGUACUCGCCCAGGCCUUGGACGUUAACAAAGCGAGAGACAAUUUACAUCGAAGAGCUGAGAUGGGCGUCUGAAUCAGGCCCCUUGUGAAAGACAAAAUCUUGUUGAUCUCAAAAGAAACAACGAAACUUGCUUUUUAAUUUUCUUCCUUCCAAAGCGCUCCACACAUCAAGACAUUCGACUGCGCGCACUUGAGCUAAGAACAAAACCACAUUUUUUUGUUAAUUUAAAUAAAAUUGUCAUCAUUUACCGCAGACAAAUUACAAUUUAUCUCCCCCCCCCCCCCACAAACAAAGAAAGAGAGAGACAAUUUGACCAACGCCUGGCUUCGUAAAGAGUCGAGCCCCGCGGGAACGCGACAAAGGCAGUCGGACAGAUCCUACGAGGAGAUCCCCCCGGACACAAUGUUCUUGGACCCGGAGUCGCCGCAGUGCGAGACGGGCGGCCAUAACAACGCGGCCGAGGUUGGACACGGGGCAGUGGCGAUGGCGAUGGGCCUCACGAGCCCCAAGCGACGGGAGAGGCGCUGGGCCAGGAGCCCCGAAAGGGCCCCGCGUCUCGUCACCACCGCAGGGCCGCUCCUGAUGAGCGCCAGGUGUGAGCAGGGCGGGCGAUUUGGCGACGUGGUGGUGGGAGAGGUGGCGAUGGGAGACGUGACGGAGAACACGCCGCUGCUCGCAGCGCCCAGGUGGCCGGCCCUGCCCCAGCCGCUGCGGCCGGGGCUACCGGACGACCAGGGCUUCUGGGAGGACAGCUUCAGCCGGGAGGGCAGCGGCGUGCAGAGCCGGUGCAGGCUGGGCAGCGAGGUGGCGGGCCUGUCCCUCUCGCCAUCCUCCUCCUCGUCGUCGUCACCCCUCUCGUUCUCCUCCUGCUCCUCCUCCUCGUCACCCUCGCUGGGCCCCGCCGACAAGGCCGAGGGGCUGCACGCCCGGCUCGCGUCCUCGCAGCGCCUGCGAUCCGUGCUCUGCAACCUGAAGAUUUACGGCCUCUUCGUGUUCGUGGUCAUCUGCUCUGUGGUGUUCAGCAUGUACCCCGACCGGGAGCUCUCGUGGCAGAUGUUCGCCGUGUCCGCGGAGCAAGAGCACCUCAUGAACCUGACGGACGCUCGCAGCAGCGCCCUGCUGCGCCUCACUCUCACGGGACCCUUCUCCCUGGGGGGGGGCCCCGCCGGCCCCGUGGGGGGGGCCGCCACGGGCGACUUCCUGCUGGUGGAGGUCCACCAGCAGGAGGUCGAGCAGCGAGGACGAGCGGGCGGGAGGCCUCCUCGCAGGAUGCUCUUCAACUGGACCAUCCCGCUGGAGUCGAGGAACAUGGAGCAGACGCUGAUGACGCGCGACAUCGACACCAUCUCGAGCGACGAGGUGAGCGUGCGGGUGCGAGCCUUCGUGUCGCGGGGCCGCGUCGUGCCGCUGGCCGCGUCGCACCGCUACCAGUACGCGUCCGCCGAGCUGCAGGCCACGGCGGCCGCCCUCAUCCUCACCGCGGUCUACGCCUUCAUCGUCUUCGAGGUCGUGCAUAGGGCACUGGCCGCGAUGCUGGGCUCCCUGGCGGCGCUGGCGGUCUUGGCGGCUAUCGGCAACAGGCCAGCCCUCACCACUGUGGUGGCAUGGAUCGAUUACGGGACCUUGGCACUGCUCUUUGGCAUGAUGAUCCUCGUUGCGGUGUUUUCCGAGACGGGAUUUUUCGACUGGUGCGCCGUCAUGGCCUACAAGGUGUCCAGGGGCCGCGUGUGGCCCAUGAUGUUCGUCCUCUGCUUCUUGGCCGCCAUCUUGUCGGCCUUCCUGGACAACGUCACCACGAUGCUUCUCUUCACGCCGGUCACGAUCCGGCUGUGCGAGGUGGUGAACCUGGACCCCCGCUACGUCCUCAUCGCCGAAGUUCUCUUCACCAACAUCGGCGGCGCCGCCACGGCCGUGGGGGACCCCCCCAACGUCAUCAUCGUCUCCAACCCGCGGCUGCAGGCCCUGGGCAUCGAGUUCGCGUCGUUCACGCUGCACAUGCUGCCCGGGAUCGUCCUGGUGAGCGCCGUCUCCUUCCCCUUCCUGCGGCUGCUCUUCUGCGGCACCAAACUCUACAACCGCGAGCCGGCGGACAUCAUGGAGCUGCAGCACGAGGUGCUCGUGUGGAAGCUGGCGGCGCAGAGGAUCACUCCGGCGAGCCGCGAGGAGACGACCGUCAAGUGCCUGCUCAUGCACAAGGUGCUCAGCCUGGAGGAGCUCCUGCGCAAGAAGAUGAACACCUUCCGCAGGCAAAUCUCGGAGGAAGACGAGAACUGGGAGGAGAACAUCCAGGAGCUGCAGAAGAAGCACCACAUCACGGACACGGCGCUGCUCUGCAAGUGCGUCGCCGUCACGAGUGCCGUGCUCGCCACCUUCUUCGUCAGCUCCCUCGUCCCCGGCAUACACCUCGACCUCGGCUGGAUCGCCAUGCUGGGUGCCAUGUGGCUCCUGGUGCUGGCCGACGUGCAGGACUUUGACGUCAUCCUGCACCGCGUCGAGUGGGCCACGCUGCUCUUCUUCUCCGCGCUCUUCAUCCUCAUGGAGGCGUUGGCUCACCUGCGGCUCAUCGACUACAUUGGACGGCAGACGUCGAGUCUCAUCAAGGCCGUGCCGGCGGAGAGCCGCCUGGUGGUGGCGUGUGUCGUCAUCCUGUGGGUGGCCGCCCUCGCCUCGUCCCUCAUCGACAACAUCCCCUUCACGGCCACCAUGAUUCCGGUGUUGCUAAACCUGAGCCAGGACCCGGAUGUGAACCUCCCUAUCAAGCCGCUGAUCUACUCGCUGGCAUUCGGAGCCUGCCUGGGAGGGAACGGAACGCUGAUCGGAGCGUCGUCCAACGUGGUAUGCGCUGGCAUCGCGGAGCAGCACGGAUACGGCUUCUCAUUCAUGCAGUUCUUCAAGCUGGGAUUCCCCAUGAUGCUGCUGUCCACCACGGUGGCCACGGCCUACCUCCUCGUGUGCCACGGGGUGCUCGAGUGGAACUCGUAGGGGACCCGGGACCCGGGGACUCCGACGGGCCUCUCGCGCCGUGAACCCUGCCGGAGUGGGCGUCUUCGCUGUCGCUGCGGCGACCGCUACGGAUCGGCUGUGCGUUGUAUCCUAGUGGUAGUGCCUUACGCCAGCCGCUCAGGCAGCGUUCCGGGGAAGACUGAGCGGGCGAAUGUCGUCCCUGCGUCUUGAUGGGGUUCGCUUCAUCCCGUGGUCAAAUAAAGGAUCGGACGACA